AGUCACAACAGAUUCAGCGUUCCGGAUAUCUCUGAAACCAAAGGUCAGUGAUAGUAUGACUCAUUUGAUGGUGGACUUCGCUCUGGAAAGGCGUAUGCUCCAGGCUUUAAAGUUUUUGCCAGUCCCUAAAGCUCCAGAGAUAGAUCUAGCAGCCUGUGUGGUGGCUGAUAACUGUAUAACAGUAUCAUGGAGAAUGCCUGAAGAAGACAGCAGAAUUGAUCAUUUUGUAUUGGAAUACAGGAAAACCAACUUUGAUGGGCUUCCUCGAGUGAAAGGUGAACAGCGUUGGGAACUGAUAGACUAUAUUAAAGCUACUGAGUAUACACUAUCAGGUCUGAAAUUUGAUACAAAAUACAUGAAUCUUAGAGUACAAGCUUGCAACAAGGCUGUGGCAGGGGAAUAUUCUGAUCCUGUGACUCUGGAAACCAAAGCAUUUGUGUUCAGUUUGGACAGUACUUCAUCUCAUCUGAACUUGAAAGUUGAAGAUACCUAUGUUGAAUGGGAUCCUACUGGAGGCAAAGGCCAAGAAAAAGUAAAAGGAAAGGAAAACAAAAGCAGUGGCCAUAAUCUUCUACUGAAGAGCAAUAGAAGAAGUGGUGCACCGUCUCCAAAGAGGACAUCCAUUAGCACAAGAUCCUCAGCGAGGGGCAGCAGAGAUCGUUUUACUGGUGAAUCAUACACAGUGUUGGGAGACACUGCUGUUGAAGAUGGACAGCAUUACUGGGAAGUCAGAGCCCAGAAGGACUGCAAAUCCUACAGUGUGGGAGUAACAUAUAAAAACCUGGGGAAAUUUGACCAACUGGGAAAGACUAAUUCAAGCUGGUGCAUCCAUAUCAACAACUGGCUGCAAACUACAUUUUCAGCAAAACAUAAUAAUAAAACCAAGACUCUAGAUAUACCUGUUCCAGACAGAAUAGGAGUAUACUGCGACUUUGAUGGAGGUGAGUUUGCAUUUUAUAAUGCAAACGCAAAGGAGCUGUUACACACCUUCAGAACAAAGUUUACCCAACCAUUACUGCCUGCAUUCACAGUGUGGUGGGGGGGACUUACAGUGAGUACUGGAUUGCAGGUGCCAACAUUUGUGCAUGUGCUACAGAAAAGUAAAAAUGAUUUUAACGCCUGA